GCACCUCUGCCAGGUGCCUGGUAGCCCUGUGUGUGACCAGAACCUGGUCACUCUGGGCGCUGAAAGGCCCCUGUCCCACGCUGCUUCCCACCAGCACCUCUGAUCAAGUGCCCAGAGGGAUGUGUGUGCCAGCCCUCGGUCCAGCGCCUGCUCCUGAGGUGAUGCCUGCUGGUUCCCAACUGGUUCCUGUUUUCCCUCUGCACGUGGCUCCCUGGUUGGAUAGCUGCUGCCCGGGAAAGGUGACCUGGGCGCCCCGCUAGAGUGACGGCCCCUGCCCCGAGGGCCAGGAUCAUGAAAGGCCUCGGUGACAGCCGCCCCCGCCACCUCUCCGACAGCCUGGACCCACCACAUGAGCCCCUGUUCGCAGGGCCUGACCGCAACCCCUACCUGCUGUCGCCCACGGAGGCCUUUGCCCGCGAGGCUCGCUUCCCUGGGCAGAACGCUUUGCCAGGGGAUGGUCUCUUCCCCCUCAACAACCAGCUGCCGCCACCGAGCAGCACCUUCCCCCGCAUCCACUAUAACUCCCACUUCGAGGUGCCAGAGGAGAGCCCCUUCCCCAGCCAUGCCCAGGCCACCAAGAUCAACCGGCUGCCCGCCAACCUCCUGGACCAGUUUGAGAAGCAGCUGCCCAUCCACCGCGAUGGCUUCAGCACGCUCCAGUUCCCCCGCGGUGAGGCCAAGGCCCGUGGCGAGAGUCCUGGCCGCAUCCGCCACCUGGUCCACUCAGUCCAGCGGCUCUUCUUCACCAAGGCACCCUCACUGGAGGGCACAGCAGGCAAGAUUGGUGGCAAUGGCAGCAAGAAAGGUGGCAUGGAGGACGGCAAGGGCCGGAGGGCCAAGAGCAAGGAGCGGGCCAAGGCUGGGGAGCCCAAACGGCGCAGCCGCUCCAACAUCUCGGGCUGGUGGAGCUCCGAUGACAACUUGGACGGCGAGGGUGGUCCCUUUCGCAGCAGUGGCCCAGCCUCUGGGCUGAUGACACUAGGCCGACAGGCGGAACGCAGCCAGCCACGCUACUUCAUGCACGCCUACAACACCAUCAGCGGGCACAUGCUCAAAGCCGCCACAAACAACACGGCUGAGCUGACCACCCCGCCAGCCCCGCCUGCACCCCCAGUUGCCUGCCCCAGCAUUGGGGUGGGCACCGACAACAAUUACGUCAAGCGGGGCUCCUGGUCCACUCUGACCCUCAGCCACGCCCAUGAGGUCUGCCAGAAGACCUCAGCCACCUUGGAUAAGAGCCUGCUAAAGUCCAAAUCCUGCCACCAGGGUCUAGCCUACCAUUACCUGCAGGUGCCCGGCGGCGGCGGCGAGUGGAGCACCGCGCUGCUGUCCCCGCGCGAGGCGGACGCCGCGGCCGAGGGCCCCAUCCCGUGCCGGCGCAUGCGCAGCGGCAGCUACAUCAAGGCCAUGGGCGACGAGGACAGCGACGAGUCCGGCGGCAGCCCCAAGCCUUCACCCAAAACAGCGGCGCGGCGCCAGAGCUACCUGAGAGCCACGCAGCAGUCGCUGGGAGAGCAGAGCAACCCCCGCAGGAGUCUGGACCGCCUGGAUUCAGUGGACAUGCUGCUGCCCUCCAAGUGUCCUAGCUGGGAGGAGGACUACAACCCCGUCAGCGACAGCCUCAACGACUCCAGCUGCAUCAGCCAGAUUUUUGGACAGGCCUCCCUGAUCCCCCAGUUGUUUGGCCAUGAGCAGCAGGUACGGGAGGCAGAUCUGAGCGACCAGUACGAGGCUGCCUGUGAGUCGGCCUGCAGCGAGGCGGAGUCGGCGGCGGCAGAGGCGCUCGACUUGCCGCUGCCCAGCUACUUCCGCUCCCGCAGCCAUAGCUACCUGCGUGCCAUCCAGGCGGGCUGCUCGCAGGAGGAGGACAGUGUCUCCCUGCAGUCCCUCUCCCCACCGCCCAGCACCGGCAGCCUCAGCAACAGUCGCACACUUCCGAGUUCAUCAUGCCUAGUGGCAUAUAAGAAGACCCCGCCACCGGUCCCGCCACGCACCACGUCAAAGCCAUUCAUCUCAGUCACGGUCCAGAGCAGUACCGAAUCUGCCCAGGACACCUAUCUGGACAGCCAAGACCACAAGAGCGAGGUGGCAAGCCAGUCAGGCCUGAGCAACUCGUCGGACAGCCUAGACAGCAGUACCCGACCGCCCAGCGUGACACGGGGCCUAAUCACCCCAGCCCCCGAGGCCCCCGAGCAGCCCCCAAAACAUGCAGCUCUGAAGAGCGAACAAGGGACGCUGACCAGCAACGAAUCCCACCCUGAGGCCAUCCCCAAAAGGAAACUGUCAUCUAUAGGAAUACAAGUUGACUGCAUUCAGCCAGUGCCAAAAGAGGAGCCCAGUCCCGCUACCAAAUUCCAGUCCAUCGGGGUUCAGGUAGAGGACGACUGGCGAAGCAGCGCCCCCUCUCACAGCAUGUCCUCCAGACGGGACACCGACUCAGAUACCCAGGAUGCCAAUGACUCAAGCUGUAAGUCGUCUGAGAGGAGCCUCCCGGACUGUACCCCGCACCCCAACUCUGUCAGCAUUGAUGCCGGCCCUCGGCAGGCCCCCAAGAUUGCCCAGAUCAAGCGCAACCUCUCCUAUGGAGACAACAGCGACCCUGCCCUAGAGGCAUCCUCGCUGCCCCCACCUGACCCCUGGCUCGAGACCUCCUCCAGCUCCCCGGCAGAGCCGGCACAGCCAGGGGCCUGCCGCCGAGAUGGCUACUGGUUCUUGAAGCUACUCCAGGCAGAAACGGAGCGGCUGGAAGGCUGGUGCUGCCAGAUGGACAAGGAGACCAAAGAGAACAACCUCUCUGAAGAAGUCUUAGGAAAAGUCCUCAGUGCUGUGGGCAGUGCCCAGCUACUGAUGUCCCAGAAAUUCCAGCAGUUCCGGGGCCUCUGUGAGCAAAACUUGAACCCUGACGCCAACCCACGUCCGACAGCCCAGGACCUGGCAGGGUUCUGGGACCUGCUACAGCUGUCCAUCGAGGACAUCAGCAUGAAGUUUGAUGAACUCUACCACCUCAAGGCCAACAGCUGGCAGCUGGUGGAGACCCCCGAGAAGAGGAAGGAAGAGAAGAAACCACCCCCUCCAGUCCCAAAGAAGCCAGCCAAAUCCAAGCCGGCAGUGAGCCGCGACAAGGCCUCUGACGCCGGGGACAAGCAGCGUCAGGAGGCCCGCAAGAGACUCCUGGCGGCCAAGCGGGCGGCUUCUGUGCGGCAGAACUCAGCCACAGAGAGCGCAGACAGCAUCGAGAUUUAUGUCCCCGAGGCCCAGACCCGGCUCUGAGACCAAGAAGCAGGAAGCAAACAAUUUUAAGUCAUUAAGAAAAAAACCACACAAACUAAAUGCAAAUGGAACAAAAUUUUCUCAACCUUUAGUAUGGUUAUUCUGUCUAGAGACCCUGAGCCAACUUUCAAAUUGAUGCAUACAAGGGCUCACAAUUUGGCUUUUUUGGGUCCCUCUCAGCUUUAGGUUAUGAAGACUUCACACAGAAAAAGUCAACAAAAACACAAAAGUAUAAAACUUUUUCUUCCCUCUUGCUGGCCGUGGUGGACUAGAGAGAUGGACUUCGGCAACUCCUCGGCCCAGCCUCCAGACUGUGGUCUUUUUACUUGUUCUAUCUAAUGAGAACUUAAACUAGCUUGUUUACAAGAUGACGACAGUCCAAGGGCAGCCUUGGGCACCUGCCAUGUCCUUCCUUCUUUUCCCAGCUACCCCUGCUCUGACUUGGAGUUUUCAUUCUUACAUUUUUCUCUUUUCCCUUCAGAGCUCACACAGGGGUCACCAUCCUGGUAUCGGCUUUCAGGUUCUCAGCCCUUUUCGUGGUUGAGAGCUCAGAGGACAGAGAUGGACAUGCAUCCCCUCCCCCACCAAGUGCUCACACACAGUCACACACAUGCACACACACAGAUGUAGGUUCCUCUCAGCAGAAGCAGCCCUCCCACUGUGAUCCGCCAGCAUCAGGGUCAGGUGGGGGACUCGCCUCUCUGAGAAGAUGAGGAGGGUUUAAGUCUUGGGGGAGGGUGGGGGGAAUGAGAGAAAAGCCACAGUCAUCACACUCCAGACUCCUGCCUUUUUCUUCUCUCCAGCCCCUUCUUCCAAAAUGUAUGACUCAGAGUGACUUGCAGGGGGCACUUGAGAGGGACCCCAUUUUCCAAGGGUUGUCUGUCCCUGGCGAACCUGUGUACAGUACCCGAGAGGCGGGCGGCUGUGUCUGUACGUAUGUGUACAUAUGCACAUAGACUUUAGAGUGUAUAUUUAACAAACGCCCAUCUGCUCACCCAUGCCCACCAGCGCCACCGCUGGCUCUCGGGGCACCUGGCAGGAGGCGGGUGUGUGAAUAGCAUAUAUUUUUACAUGUACUAUAUCUAGGUGUGUGUACAAGUGUGUGUAAAAAUAUAUACCUUGUGUAUAAGCAGCCCUUUUUUUUUGGUCUCCCACCUGCCCCCUGCCAUGGGCCUAUCUGCCUGGCCUCUGAGUUUUCUGUUCUAUUUUUUUUACCCCAGUCAUCCUCUCUCCCCUGCCCCCCAGCCCCACUCCCAGGGUGUCAUGAGCCCUGAGCUGCAAUGGCCCGGGCCUGCAGGGUGGGGAGGGGGAGGGCGGGGCCCAACCCGCAGUGAGCUCAGUGCACAAGGGCUGCUCUCUACUGUGUACACAACUAGGCAUUGGAGACGUCCUCGUGUCCAGCACUUGCUGCAGGGGGCCCUGGGGGGAACCGAAGGCCUGCUCUGGGGCCCCAUUCCAGCUUGGCCGCCGUCUGUGACCUUGGGCAAGUCACUUGACCUCUGUGUGCCUCAACUUCCUCCUCUGUAAAACGGGGACAGUCCCUGCCCCUCCCUACCUCACAGGCAUGUUGUGAGAAUAAAUGAGGUAACGUGUACCAGGGGCUCAUGGUGUUAUUACAGCGGGACGGGCCAGGCUGGGAUGAGGCGAGUGGAGCAGCUGCCCCAAGAGACUGAGCCAGACGUGCCCCCCCACCCACCCCCAAACGGCAGCUCUUUGGAUACAGACUGACUUGAGUGCAAACCGUAAUUCCAGCUCUGUCAUGUGCCAGCUCUGUGAUCCUGGGCAAGAAAACUAAGCUCUUGGUUCCUGCACCUGGAAAAUGAGUGUGCAACAUCUACCUUAGCAGCUUUCUCGGAGAAAUAAAUGCUUAAUUUAUAGUUGCUA